AUGUCAACCAUCGUUGUUAUGAAUCUGCACUUUCGUGUCAACAUUGAUGACUUGUAUACAGCAUUCAAACCUUACGGAGAACUAACACAUUGUCGAAUGAUGAUUAAUGAAAGACACGAACCAAAGGGAUACGCUUUCUUAACAUUCAAAAGAGAAAGCGAAGCAAGAAAAGCUGUAGACAUGAUGGAUGGCUUCAAGAUGUAUGGACGCAAAAUCAGCGCUUCUAUUUCCACAGGCAAGACUGCAAUUAAAAAUCCAACAUUUUAA